AUGCCCUUACCCCUACAGCUACUGGGCAAAUGGUGCUUAACAGAAACUAAAGGAUUUGAUGAGUACAUGAAGGAACUGGGAGUGGGGAUGGCCCUCAGGAAAAUGGCUGGAAUGGCCAAACCCGAUGUGUAUAUCAGUGAAAAUGGAGAUACAAUUACUGUUAAGACUGAGAGCACCAUAAAAACUACACAAUUCUCUUGUAAACUUGGUGAGAAGUUUGAAGAAACCACAGUUGAUGGCAGGAAAACUCAAACCAUUUGUUCUGUUGAAAAUGGUGCAUUGAUCCAGCACCAGUCAUGGGAUGGGAAGGAAAGCACAAUAACAAGAAAAGUAGAAGAUGGAAAGCUAGUGGUGGACUGUGUUAUGAACGAUGUCACUUGCCACAGGGUCUAUGAGAAGGUGGAGUAAAGAAAUUCCAUCUUUAUAUGGAACAGGAAUUAGCUGUUAUGAAUGAACCAGCUCAGUUCAAUGAGCAAACUCUCCAACCAGACUU